AUGAAUAAUUGUUCUGCAUCCAUUAAGAUCCUAACUGGGUCAAAUUAUAGUAAGUGGAAACAAGAUUUAGACUUCUCUUUGGGAAUUGCUAAUCUUGACUUAGCCUUGCGUGAAAGUAAGCUCACAAUUAAUGCAGACAGCACACUUGAACAAAAAGAGCGUUUAGCUCAGUGGGAGAGGUCUGACAGGUUGAGCCUAAUCGCUAUCAAGAGAACAGUCUCUGAACACCUUUUGAGUGGUCUUCUGGAGAAAGGUACAACUAAGGAGUUUCUCACUGUUUUGGGAGAGAGGUACCAGGUAUCUGAUAAUGCUGAGUCUGGAUGUCUGAUGAAACAGUUAACAUACAUAAGAUAUGACAAUGUUGGGGGAGUAAGGGAGUUCAUUAUGAAGAUGGUUCACAUUCAAACUAAGCUGAAAUCUCACCAAAUUGACCUUAAUGAAAAAUUUAUUGUUGAACAUGCCUUAAAUUGCCUACCUGCUGAUUUCACCCAAAUCCUUCAUGUCAAAGAAUCGGGUCAACAUCCGUUUUGUCUCAUGUAG